AUGCCGCAAGUUCGUGCAGAUGAAACUCCUGGAGAGUGGAAACAACGAAUUUGGGAUCAUUUGAUGUAUUUUAGAGAAAAUGAUCUUUUCCCGAGUGAAAGCAAAAAAUACCUUGAAGCUAGAAAAUUAAUACGAUUUUGGAGUGAUGCGAAUGAAUUUUGGACAAGUUAUGUUCCUGAAAUCGGAAUGGAGAAGCAUUGGACUAGUAGUUGUACCGGAAAUAAAUUCCGUGUUAUUAGCUUUGAAGUCAUAAAACUUAGACAAAAAUCUAAGCGAACAUUUGGUGAAAAUUUUGCAUUACAUCGAUAUGGAUUGUGGGAAAUCGAUGCAACAGAAAAAUCCAGCGUGCUAGACAUGUUGGGGAAAAGAUUCAAGCAGAUAUUAUGGAGCAUUGGAGAAGAAAUGCGCCAGUCUAGCAGUGUACAGACGGAACUAUUACGACAACAAGGCUAUAGAGUAGUUAUUUACAGUCAAUGGUUUAAAAUGCUGGAAUGGGCACAUAAUCCAGAAUAUUAUCUUAAUAAUGGCUGUAAAAAGUUCGUUAGAACAGAAUAG